AUAACCGUGUUUAUACACGAUGCAUCGAAUCAGAUUUUAAUAUGAAAAGAUAUUUUGGAUAGCCUUAUCAGACUUAGCAGAACAAUUAAUGUAUUGGUUUAUUUAGUCAAACCAGGUACUCUAUUGUUAUGUCUAGUCAAACUAUAUGGAAAAACUAGAACUGUCAUUAAUGAACUUUGUUAUUUUUAUAUUCUGUCUAUCAGAAUGCAAGCCAAAAAUAAAGGAAAGACAGUCGACCUUGUAAAGAAAUUCGAAUCAGGCCAAGUAACAAAUUCAAUUACGAGAAAUCCAAGACAAAAUGUUAUAAAGUUACCAAAUACGCUUAAUAAAAAUGAAUUCAAGGAAUGUGCAAACUUUAAAAAUGGAUCCAAUUUUUCAAAUAAAACCUCUUCACUUUUAAAACAAGCACAACCCACCGUAUCAACAGAAAAAAAAACUUUAGCAGAUAGUGAACCAAGCCAGGAAACUAAUACUGAAACGAUAAAACUAAACCCAACUAACAAAAACUCUAACGUUGAAAAUGCCAAUAUACGACCAAUACCAGCAAAGAGGCCAACUACAAAAAAUGAAGAUAAUAAAGCUAUAACUCAACCAACACCAAUCCCUAGAAAACCAUCCUACUUAAAUAAUGUUAAUCCUCCUGAGAAAAAGAAUAACGAUGAUGCGCCAGUUACAAAAGUUAAUGACAAUCAAAAUAAAUCAGCCGCAAUAAGAAAAAAUGAUGAACAAACAAAACAAAAUAUUAAAGACAAUAACAUAAAUUUAAACAUUAACCACGGUCGUUCUCAAAACAUAGUUUCGGGUAAAAAUCAAAAUAUCGAUUUAGGGAACAAGCGUCUUUUACAUAAACAACAGAUCUUAUCAUUACCUAAAGUUAAAGAAACUGAAGAUGAUAAAAACGAAAGUAAAACAUUCACGUUGGUUGAAGAAGUGCUGGAUGACGAUGAAAUCACAAAUGAAAUUUUGAAAAACUCGAUAUUUGACAACUUUGAUGAACUAGAUUUAGAAAACUAUUUAAAAGAAGCUGAAAAAAAAGAUCCGAGUGUUAUAUCGGUUGAUCCGGACUGUUGCACUGAAUCGUUCCAUAAACUUAAAAAUUAUCAUUUUCACAAUUCUCAUCAAAGUAUUUCUGAUAAUGGAAAUGAAAAAUCGUUUGAAAAUAAACAUAAAAGGACACCCUCUUCUUCUAAUAACUGCAAUAUACACACAACCUAUAGUUCAAAUGAAGCAAAAAUUCAUAUAAAAUUUGAUAACUAUACGAAUAUUGAGUUAGAAGAUGCAUUGCAACAGUUUCAUAAGUACUUGGAGACAAAAUUAAGUUCCAAUCACAGCAAUAGUUCACCAAGUAAACAAAUCUUUGAAAAACCAUCUCACAGAAAUUUUACUGACUCGAAAUCUAGAUUUUUUACUUGGAAUAAAAAGAUGGGACGAAGUAGCACGUGGAAUCAUCAAACCAGAAGACGGAUGCUUAAUCUUAAUAGCUUCGAAGAUUUGUCCGAAUCGUGCGAAAAGGACGCAGCUCCUUUAAAUAAAGAAAUGUUAAAUCCUCGAUUAAAUAGAUCUUACUCAUCUUCUGUAGUCGAAAGAAAAGAUUGUUCUAUACUGCAUUAUAAUGGCUCAACAUCGACGGUUAACACCGAUAAUAGCGACAUUGAAUUUGAAAGAAAUUCCCUUUCCAAAUGGAAGAGAAUGUUUAAAAGAUAUUCUAGCGGAGAUAGUUUAAAUAAAGGUACAGAACUAAAUGAAGAAAUUGGAAAAAAUGGCACUAAACGAAGAUGGCUUUUUAAAAAUAUUUUUUCGCCCAACAAACAUCGAAUUGAGAAAUAGAUUUUUAAUUAAAUAAAAUAAUCAAGAAAUAAAUUUUUUAAUCUAACAAAAACGGCGUUAAGAAAUUUUUAGACAAUCUAAAAUAGCAUUGAGAUUUUUCAAAAAUUGUAUUUUAUUGCAAUAUUUGCAUUUAGUAUAUUUUACGUUGGUACGUGAUAUAGUUA